UCGCAUUAGAUCGCUAAACUAAUAAUAUGGCUAGAACAAAAGCAUCUGUCGGAUCUAAAGUAUCCGCUGGGAAGAGCAGUAAAGCUAGAUGCUGUGUAGCACCCACUCCAAGCAGCUCUGGAAUGUCUAGCAUCUCUUCAGACAAAGGUUCCAAAGGUUACUCCGGUGGUAAUCCAGUAUGUCCCCGCGAAACUCCGAAGUGGCAGAAACCAAUCACCAGAUUUUUCAUCACCAAAGAAGAUUCUAGAGAUCAGGAGGUGAAUGUUGAUGAUGAGGAGACAGCUGGCACAUCGAAUUCAAAACCGAAAGACAAACCCAAUGUUAUCCAUUCAGAUUCAGAAGAAAAUGUCUUGGUUGAAAAAGCAAAGAAUAACGUUUUGGACGAGAGCCUCGAUUUAGAGCCUUUGAAUGGUGAAGAUAGUCAUAAAAUCGAAGAAUAUUACCCCAAAGGGUCUAAGGGUAAAGGUGUGGGAAAAAAGACUAAAGGAAAAGAAAAUAAGGUUGAUUUUAAAAGGUUAAGAGAAGAGGAAGAUGUCGAAAACUCUAGCAAAAGAAUCAAAGUUAAUUAGUUGAUAAUGUCGUUGUUAAUAAAUUUGUAGGUAGUUCGUUUUUGUUGAGUCGGAUCGGAUUUUCAAUACUUAUUUUUGAGUGUGGCAGAUCCAAGCUGGGUCGACCGAAGUGAUAUACAGGGUGUAAAAAGACACUUAACGAAGCCGAAAGCCACGUAUUCUACCCAUUAUUUGGAUCAUUUUUUUCUUUAAGACCAUAGCUGGGAUGCCACGGGUUCUCCAGAUAUUGAAGGUCAAAGAUGCAUUUUUAAUUUUUUUUUGCGCAAUCGAAUUCUAAGUAUUAUUACAAAACUUUUUUCCAAACAAACAUUACCUGAAUUUUCGAUUUUUCUAAAUAAAUUACGCAUUUGUAUAUAGGCUUCACAGAAAAUUUGAAAUAACCACAGCGUUGUGUUUCGCCGUGUGAGUGAGGUUACCGGAGACCCAAUCUUUGCCUAUCCUCAAUCCUUAAACAUCUAAUAUCCAACGAGAGGUC